AUGUGGAAGGGCGCUGCGGUUUUCCUACUAGCCACGCUGGCCAUCGGCUGGCAUCUCAGGUAUCAAGGACCCGUGGAGGUACCUGACUUGCCGAAUCAAUACUGGGGUCCUGGAAAGCCUGUGCCAGAUCCCAAGGAUAUCAAACCGUUCAAAAUCGACGUUCCAAAAGAGGUAAUCGAUGAUCUAAACAAACGCCUUGAUAGUACGAGAUCAUUUGUGGAACCGCUGGAAGGUUCUGCCUGGACUUACGGUAUCUCGUCGACCUACUUGAAGACCGUCUUGAACCACUGGAGGAAGAAAUAUAACUGGAGCCAACGGCAGGCUCUGCUCAACAAAUACCCGCAGUUCAAGACCAAGAUUCAAGGUCUGGACAUCCACUUCUACCAUGUAAAGCCCCAGGUACCUAAAGACCGCAAGGUCCGUGUUCUGCCACUUUUGAUGCUCCACGGCUGGCCAGGAUCCAUCGUCGAGUUCCAGAAGAUUAUCCCCAUGCUCACGACAGCCAAGCCCGAUGAAAACUUCGUCUUCGAGCUGAUCAUCCCAUCUCUGCCCGGAUAUGGAUUCUCCCAAGCUGCCGCUAGACCCGGUCUUGGACCUGCUCAGAUGGCUGUUGUCUUCAAAAACCUGAUGCAAAGACUCGGUUUCGAGCAGUUCUACACUCAGGGUGGUGACUGGGGCAGUCUCAUCACUGCCAACAUGGCUGUGCUGUAUCCCAAAAAGGUCAUAGGAACUCACCUGAAUAUGUGCUUCAUCGAAUCGCAUAAGGCUCACUUCUUAUCGCUCGUCGGCGCGUACAUCCCAUCUCUGGUCGUCGACAGCGAGCAUUACUCCAAGAUGUAUCCGUUGUCCUACCACUUCGGCCGCUUGAUCGAAGAGACCGGUUACUUGCACAUCCAGGCUACGAAACCUGAAACAGUUGGCGCCGCACUUACGGAUUCGCCGGCUGGUCUCGCCGCGUACAUCCUUGAGAAGUUCAGCACCUGGACGAAUCCAGACUAUAGGUUCCGCGACGAUGGUGGACUUCUGGAGAAGUUCACCAUGGACGAGCUUUUGGACAACCUCAUGGUCUACUGGGUGACCAACUCCAUCACCACCAGUCAGCGACUCUACGCCGAAUGCUUCAGCAAGGCCAACAGGGAGCUCGGAGUUGACAAAAUGCCGAUCUUCGUGCCAACCGCCUGUGCCAACUUCCCGCACGAGUUGGCCUACAGGUCGGAAACCAUCCUCAAGGAACGUUUCACGAACCUGGUCCAGUUCACUCAUCCUCCACGAGGUGGUCACUUCGCCGCUUUUGAGGAGCCCGAACUUCUGGCCAACGACGUCUGGAGCUUUGUGCACAAGCUCGAGCAGCGACUCAGUGAUGAGAAACGACAGAAGCAGGAGGCCAAGAAAGAAAAGGCGAAGAAGGCGUGAUUGCGAGUCAAGAUUUAGGAGGUGGUAUUCCUGAGAAGAUUUACGGCUGCGUGGCUAAUGUGUGAUUCGGAGCUGCUCGACGUAUGGGCUUCAACGCUAUUUUUGUACUGAUUUUUUAUUUCGACGAUAUUUAUGCGCCGUAGCGCGGCGCUGUUUUUCUUCGAUCUCUCGAAGUCGGAAUUUUUUUGGAAUAGUUGAUGGAUGGAGAGUUGUAAACGCUCGUAUAUUGUUGAGCAUUAAUCAGUGAAAUAAAAAUUUCCUUUUGUUUUUCU